CGGCCAGCAGUCGCAGACGCGCCAUCGAACACGCCGCUCGCGAUCGCGCGCUCAUUCGGAUUCGGAUUUUCCAUUUUCCAUUUACCAUUUUCCGUUUUCCAGCAGCGGCUCAGCACACAGUUUUUCCAACUUAUUCGGUUCGGUUUUUUUUUGGUCGGUUUGGCACGAUCGUUUUCCGUUUCGAUUUCAAUUUCCAUUUCGUUGGCGCUUCAUUUAACACAAGCGCUUAAAUUGAAAAGCCCUCGAAUUCAAUUGAUCUAAAUUUAAUUGUGUUUUGUUUUGUUUGCUGAUUGUCGCGUUGCACUUGAUUUGUUAUUUUGUAUUUUUUUUUAUUUGGUUUUAUUGCUCGUGCGGUUUUUUGCGCUAAUUGCCUGCUGAAUGGCGAAGGCAAAGUGCAAAGUGUGACAGUGCAAGAGAUAAAAAUAGCCAGCGAUCGCGAAAGAGAGAGUGAGAGGGGUAGAGAAGGAAUCCGGGCUUAAUCCUCGCGAGCUGGAGCCGUGAAUCGCGCGCUGCGCUGCGAUGUGGUGCGAGCUCUGGACUUGCCGCCGAGCAAUACCACAAACUGGAGCUGGAAGUGCGACUGCAACUGGAAGAGGAAGCGGAACGGGAACGGAAACUGGAAGGGGAACAGAAAGUUGGCGGGAAGAGUGGGACGAGCAGAUGUAGUCGGCAGUUAGAGCACAGCCACCGUUGCAACCGCCAGCGCCAGAUGAUCGAAUGGUGGUGAUCCUCCUACUGUCGCCAUGCACUUGCAGCCGCAGCAGCAGCAGCAGCCACGCCCACGACCACGCCCAUGAUCCCGGCCACGCACCAUCCAAGCACCACCAUCAAUACCACCACCAGCAAGCACCACAGCAAGCACCACAGCAACCACCAUCGGUGGCUAGAAGCGGAGAUUCCCGUAGCAGCAAUGAGUCUUCAUCGGCAUCCACGGGCGACACAGCCAUUCCGGCUGGAUAUCUGCAGUUGCACCACCAGAAACAGAAACAGAAUCAAAAUCAAAAUCAAAAACAGAAUGAACUACAGCAUUAUCCCCAGCAACCUAGUCAUAGUUGUAGCACAGCCACAACCACCGCCACAACCACAGCACCACUGCCCGUUUUUGGCCACGGAAGUUGGAUGCCCCAGCAGCCGGCGAACGUCGUGCCAAAACCACCGCGAUCCCAUGGCCUCCAUUGGUCGACGACGAACGCCUUUCCUGCCCCAAAUGCCUGCCCCAGCCAGCAACAACCGGUCAUCUUUCGCGUCCAAUCGUCACUGCCCAACGGGAGCUUUACUAACGCCACCACCACCACAACCACCACCACUGACUACGUGCGUCACGUGACCCGCGUUAACUUCUACGACAUUGAUACUUCGCAGGUCGAAUUCGAACCCAAAGAUGACGAGGACAGCAACGAGGUCAACGAGGCAAGCAAUUGCGAUACAGAAGCUAUUACCAAAGAAGAGGAGUGGAUAACGAAGCGCAAGACAGAACUCACAACCACCAGACAGAUCGAAACGCGGGUGAAGCGACAGGUGAAGCUGCAGGAUGGCAAGGUGAUCGAGGAUUCGGGGCCGAUUGUCUCCACCAACACCACCGAGGACACCGACAAACAGGAAACGGAAACCACUGAGAAACGCGACCUUGACCUGCCGGAUGACCUCGAUGGCAAUGCCCAACUGAUCGACGUGGCCGCCCUGCAGGCGGGCGCCAUAAAUGAGACGCAGUUGGCCCAAAUCCAAGAGGUCUUUGGACCGGCCGACGGGGCCGGAAAGCUGGUCAAGCGCAUGGUUCCGCGUCCGGUGGACGGACUGGUGCGUCAGACGGACGACAAGCGGGUCAUAUCGCACGAGGAGAUCAAGGACUACCACGAAACGGAGGACGUACAGCAUCACGGCGACUUCACAGAUCAGACCUACGUGAACGCAGUUCGCGACGGAGUCGAAAACCUAGAGGCCGUGCUCUGUUCGCCGGAGAGCCAGCGGCAGUUGGUGCCGCUCGGACCCAAGGUGGUGGCCAAUCGGAGCAAGUCGCGCAAGACCAUCGACUCGGAGGACACGCAAAAGCGCUGUCUGGCCCAGGAGGACGGCACCCUGGUCACCGAGAGUCGACGGACCACCGAGCACGAGCUAAUCCUCGACGACGAGCUGCCCGAUCCGCCUGCCAACGGCGCCACAGAUGAACGCGGGCUGCAGCUGCAGGUGGGCGAGCAGGUGACCACCACGGCGGCCAACCAGCGCUUCUUUCGCCAACGGGACGAGCAGCAUGUGGACGUGCUAGCCAACGGUCGGCUCCAAUCCACCGAGAUGCGCUACGCCGCCGAGACCACCCAAAUGGACAAGGACGGUCCCGCCGAUCUGGAGCGACCAGGUGACUGGGACAGCCUAUCCGACCGGAUGCGCAAGCUUCGACGAUCCCAGCAGCAGCAACAGAAGGAGGUGGCCCUGCUGGCGGAUCGCAAGGAUGCGCUCACCAAGCGACCACUGGACUUCGAUCGCGAGGAGGAGACGCGCAAGGGCGAGACCAUGAAGUGGCUGGAGUCGCACUUUGGCAGCGAGUCCACCGCCUCCAAUGAUUCCCGCGACGACGAGGCCGAUGCCGAGGUGGAGCCCACCAAGAAGAGCUACUUCAAUGUGACGAUCAAGUCGCAGAGCCAUGCCCAGUCCCAUCUGGCCACCCAGCAGCAUCCGCAUCCGCCGCACAUCUCGCAUGGCCAUCAUCCGCAGACUUUGCCCAGAAGCGCCGAGCGGGAGCGGGAGCGCGAGAGGGAACGCGAACGUGAGCGGGAGAGAGAAAGGGAACGGGAGAGGGAGCGGGAUAGAGAUCGACAUUCCCAUGGCAUGACCACAUCCGCCGCGCUGGAGCGCAAGGCGCCAGCCAAUGCGGCUGGCGGUCGUUCCAAGUACUUUCAGGGCAUCUCGAACUGGUCGGAACGCAAGGAUCCCGGUCCGCCAGUCAAUCACUUCUCGUCGCAGGCCUUCCGCGACGAUCUGCAGGAGACCAUCCGUCGCAAUGGCCUCAAGAAGAAGGUCAGCGGUCCCGGCUCCAGUCAGGGAUCUGCCCUGCCCCAGGAGGCGGUGGGCCAGCCCAAGGACAGCUAUGUCAGCCGCGAGGAUAUACUGCAGCAAAAGCGCCAGAGCCUGUCCUCCCAGUUCCUGGCCCGCUCGAUGCGCGGCUCUCGCGAUGCUCUGGACGAUCUGGAGGCCAUACCGGGACCGGGCCCAGGUCCAGGUCCAACCAUGAUAUCACCGCGUGCCGAGGAGCCCUCGCACAAACGGGUGGCCUACGGUCAUCGCGGCAAUAGCAACAUCAAUGGCACCCACAUCAAUGGCCAUGCCGUGAAUGGCGUGGCUCCCGCUCUGGUCAAUGGCCGGGGCAAGAGCUAUGAGCCACCUGCUGCUCCUCCGCCGGCCGCAGUUCCCCCACUAGAAUUCGGUGGCGGCGGCAGCGGUAUUGGUGGCAGUCAGCUGGGUCAAAAUCCGCGACCCACUGUACCGCAGCGACGACGUGCCAUCGAAAAGAAGCUGGGCGAGCACAGCCACACGCACAGCCACACCCACAGCCACUCCUCCCACACAUCGCAUAGCGGCCAUUUGCCAGUCAAGUCGCAGGCUCCGAUGCCGUCGCAGGUUAACCAACUGGAGCCUCCGCCGGACUACUCGCCGCCGCCCAGGAGUCGCAGUCGUUCGUCCUCGCCGCAGGUGGAUUACCUGAUGACCAGGGAGUUGCCUGCCAGCACGAUGACACUCAGCCGGAAGCAGCAGCAGCGCACACGCUUCGCACCCACAUCCAGUUAUCCGCCGGCAACUGGAGGAACUGGUAACCUCCGGCCACCUGGAGCCACCUCGGCGUCCACAUCGAAUCUCUCGGCCAUGAGCGGCGGCGUCAGUACAUCCAAGUCGAGUCGCAUGGGUCAGGUGAUUGGCAACUCGCUGCGCAAGCUGGUCAGCAAAAUUCGUUCCGCCAGUGCGGAGCGCAAGUUCCGCAUGAAAUCGGCGGCCAGCAAGUCGCGCGAGCAGUCACCCAGUCCAGGACAAGAUCUGCGGGGAGUUGGUCCGCCGGUGACCACCUACCAGCAGUACAAUGUGAUCGAUGGGCAUAUCGGUAGUCACGAUUCCGAGGAUUCCAAUAGCGACAAUCAGCGACGCAGAGAGCGGGAGAGGGAGCGCGAAAGAGAGCGGGAGCGGGAACGAGAUCGGGAGCGUGAUCCUCUCAAGCAAGAGAGCCAGUCGCGACAAAAUUUCAAGCGCGCCGAAUCCGCAGACCCGCAACUGCAGCACCUGGAGCAGGCCAUAAGUCCCAGGCAGCGGUACUACCUGGGCGAAGAUCCCUACUCCAGCACGCUCUAUGGCAAGGAGAACCUCUACGAACGACGGCCACGUCAGCGUAACAUGGAGCGACCGGAUGAGCGAAUGGAGCGAUUGGAGCGCUUAGAGCGGGAGGAUGACUACUACGAGUCCAGGGCACCGCCACCAGUGACGGCUGCGCACACUUUGGGUCGUUACCAGAAGCAUGGCCAGCGCUUCAGUGGCUCCACGCCCAAUCUGCACCAGCAGCAGCAGGAUUACCGCUCGGCUCAGACGCUGCCACGCAAGCUGCACGAGCAGCGCACCCAGCGAUUUGGUAAUGCCAUGGAGAAGCAGCCGGCUCCGGGCAGGGGGAGCUACCUCUCGGCUACCUCUGGACAACAGCACCAGUCAAGGGGCGGGAUUCCCCAUAGCCAGAGUCAGCAAAAUCAGCAGAAUCCCAACCCAAGCCCCAACACCAACGGCAAUUCCAACCCAAUGCAGGCACAGCAGGGACCGGCCAAGCCGGCUCGCACCUACGCCAAGGUUCUGAAUCGCAGCAAGAGCUUCAAUGUGCACGGCAUGAACGGCAGCAACGAUCCUAGUCCCAUCUACAUCGAAAAGCUCACCCGGAACAACUAUCAGCAGCGGCAGGAGCCGAACUUUGGCUACGGCCUCGGCCAGGGACCCAAUGCCAACUACAAGUCCAAUCCGCAUCUCUUCUCUGGCAAGGACAACUCGCUGAAGAGCGGCCUCAAGAGUCCAUCGAUUGUGAAUCUCAUCAGUCGCAGUCAGAAGGACCUGACCAAGAUCGCUGGUAACGAUGAGGAUGACGGCGGCUAUCUGGAGCAGGACAAGAAGCAGUUGUAUCUGCGCGGCCUGCACCAGCAGGCGCCAGACCUCUACCGGGUGAUCCAUGGCGACGAAGAUUACGGAUCGCGAAAGUAUCCGCUGCAGGCCAAGUACUCGCUGGACUCGCGUUCGCCGCCAUCCGUGGAGCUCAACAAGGAUACGGCGAGCAUUGUGCGGCGCAGCAACGAGGUGGACCAUCAGCAGAGCCAUCACCACCACCAGCAGCAACAGCACCACCAGCAACAGCACCACCAGCACCACAUCCAGAACCACCAGCAGCAGAACCUGAGACGUGGUUCGGGUGCCACCAUCAUUGAGUUGCGCCACCGCAAGUGACCCGGCAUCCCCUCGAAACACAGUCGUCCUAUAUUUUGCGAACAAUCGAACUUCCCAUCUCGAACUAUAUAUUCAGAAAUCGAACAGAAAUGAAAUGCUGAACUGUUUCACAGCUCAAAGUGAAUUAUAAAUAAUUCAUUUUCUCAAAAUCAAAUUAUAUAAAUGCUAUAUAUGCUAUAUAUGCCGCUCUGUAACUGACUUUCUGUUCGAAUACAUAUCCAUAAAUCCCUGCCAGGUCACCCUAAUCCCUAACUAUUUGCUAACAAAUGCUCGGCCGUGGGCUUUAGUUUCAUUUGACAAGCAGCAAAUUUAAAUAUAAGGCCAAUCAACCAAUUGAUUAAUAAAUGGGUUAUAAAAAGCUGCAUAGUUGACGGAAGUUAACGGAAGACGAAUUGCAAAUUGAGUUAAUUGUUAAAUAAGUGAACAAAAUCUAUAUGUAAUGUGGAAGCCAUUCCCACUGUCCUGCCACGCCUCUUCCAAUCGUAAUUUGAUAAUACUAUAUAAUGCCUACAUCUAAUUAUAUAAUCUA